AGCUUAACUUGUACACACUAGAAUGAAAGAUACAAUAUUUCAUUGAAAAUACAUCUAAGGUGACGCUUAACUUGGAAAAGCCGAGAGCUUUGAACUAUCAAUUCAUGUAGCUUAGUUUCUUUGAACAAUAUUGAAUGUCAAAUCUGCCAUGAACCAGCUUAGAUUGAGCGGAACAAGGAGGAAAAAAAAUGGUAGGCCUGUGUAAAUCGGUCUUAAUCAGCCGCCCAGUAUACUAGACUUCACAAAAGUCCAAUAAGAAGAAACACAUAAAUGAAAAAACAGAAGAAAAACAAAAAAGGCAUUCAUCAUGUUGCAAUUUCGUUGGGAACUAGGCUGUAAAAUUGCUCUACAUUCUCUUGCACCAAGCAGAAGGCAGUAGCUAUAUAUACGUUUCUUCUCAUCUCUCGUUAAACAAUUAGCUGCAGCCAUGGCCUUCCAUGAUCGAAAGCUGAUGUUUGAAUCUCUUGAUAAUUCCAUUGGCAAAAUUUGCGACUAUUAUUGCAAGCAGGCUGAGUAUUUUUUUAUGAUUUGUCCCCAGCAAUGUCUUUAUAUUUGCCCGAGUAUUUGUGUAGUCGAACCACCACCACCAACCGAAGUUCCUCUUUCGCAUUCUCCACAUAAAUCAACUAUUCCCGUCUUCUUGAUCAUUCUACUUUCAUUCUUAGUCAUUGCUGUCUACAUAUUUUGUGUCUACAUCAUUCACAAAUUCCGCAACUCAAGAACUUGUUCACAACCGGAGCAGCAAGUAGUAGAAGAACAAGAACAGUUUAGUGAUAUUAAAACAAUGGGUCUUAAGCCAUCAGUCAUUAGUGCCAUCACAAUUUGCAAGUACAAAAGAGGGGAAGGACUAAUUGAAGGAACAGAGUGCUCUGUUUGCUUGGGUGAGUUUCAAAAAGAUGAAACUCUCAGGAUUUUGCCCAAGUGUAACCAUGCUUUUCACAUAUCUUGUAUUGACACUUGGCUUAGAUCACACACCAAUUGCCCAUGUGUCGUGCCGCCAUUGUCAUCACCCUAG